CCCAAAGACCAGCCAGACGCGGCUGAUAUUUAUCCAGGGACUGUUUUUCAUCUUUUGAAAAUAUGGAAAUAUUUGUUUUCCUAUUUUCCUUGACGGCCCUCGGGGUUCUCUAUACUAUGAACAAUGUUCCGGAGUUGCAAGAACCCUAUGUCAUCUUGCAGGUCGGGGCUGGAGUGCUGGUGUUUGUGUUUCUAGUGUACCUCCUGAUGGCAUGGCGUAACCCACCCAAAGACCUCCUAUUCUUCGCGUUUGCAGUUUUCUCCUUUACGUGUGUCAUCGACCUUGUAAGUGCCCUACAACAUGACGGCUGGAUCACUGGAUUCAUGGAGUUUUACCAGAAAGCGGGGGAGCCGUACCUGGGAACAGCCUACGGCAUCAUGAUGUGCUAUUGGGACGGAAUCGUGCACUUCAUCCUGUACCUGUUCAUGAUCUGCCGCAUCACUGAGAGGAAGGACUAUCGCAUUAUGGGGCUCUUCUGGGCUGGCUCUCUGCUGGCUAACAUGAGUAUCUUUGUCACCGGAAUCGUUGUAGGUAAACAAGGGUCAGAUAUUCGCCCUGCCUUCUGGCUCAACAUGCCCUUCCUGCUGGUGCCUGUAUGGGGGGCUAUCUCAGUCUUCACCAGCGCAAAGUCCAAGCAGCUGACUGGUGGAUACAACGCCAUGUUCGUACAGUGCAUGAGGCUGAUCUGGCGUCCUCAGGACUUGAUGCUGGUGCUAUUGGCGCUGGCUGCCAUGGCCUUCACCAUCUUCAGGGGCCUGGUGGCUCUUGACGCCCCCCUGGAGGCCUGUACCAUCUACCUCAAGCAGUACGAGCCCUACCUGAAGGACCCCGUGGGCUACCCCAGGGUUAUGAUGCUGCACUUCCUGUUUUACGGCGUGCCCCUCCUGGGGGCGCUGGUGUACGGCCUCGUGGAGCCCGGCUGCAACUGGAUGCCUGACCUCAGCGUGUUCUUCGCCGGAGCCAUGGCCCAGUGCCAGUUUGCCCAUAUGGGAGGCUCCCUCCACUCGCGUACAAUGGCUCCCUAUCGUAUCCCUGGAGACGCCUUCCUGGUUGUCAUGGCUGCCAACCUGGUGUACGUGGCCAUCCCUCAGAUCAUCGCCAUGCGCUGCACCGAAAACCCCAACUUCUUCCUCACUGUGUCCUCCUUCCCAGGUCAGACAGGGCUGCCCUACAGCAAGGAGAAAGACACCUUGAUAACCAACAAGAUUAAGAGCUCUUGAAUGGGAAUCGUUCGUAAAGUAUACUGCAUGAGACCCAUGUGCUUACCCACACAGCCUUUAAUCAAUACAGAGGAAACACAGGAGCGGUGAAGUGAAACGAAUCUUCUUUGCUUGUUAAGACGUGAUUAUCGCAGAUCAGUACAUUUACAUUUAGACCUUU